CAAAAUCAUAUUAUUGAACGAAUGGUUGUUGUCAGUUUUCUUGUAAAUAUUUAUCAAUACUUUAAGUUUUAAACCAAAACGGAAUAUAAAAGUUAUGAAUUAAGUAAAAGUGAAAGUAGUGAGUUAUCAUAUUUUUUUAAUUCAGCACAACAGACCACCGAUACAUGGCCCGCGAUGUCCACCAACAGUGGGAUGACGACGGCUACUCGGAGAAGGACAGCGACGACAGCCCCAUACUCUCCUACAGGUAUGACAAACACCGUCGCUACGUGCCGCUCGCGCGCGACAUCAAGUUCGAGAGGGAGCGUCGCUGGGCGGUGACGGCGGUCGCGAAGUGCUCGCUCUUCAGCACCGCCAUGAUACUGUUCUGCGUUCUGCUGUACAUCCCUGUGUACAACAGAGCCAACGAUCAGCUACCUAAAGUGGCCGUAGCGGGGUGGUCGGUUCACACCAACAGGGACACAAAGAUAUACGUACAGCCGGACAACGUAACGACGGUCCACGAGCCAAAGGACAUAUGUCCAAAAAGCAGUAGAAAGAGUAAAAAUAGUUUAUUCCUACUUAUAGUAGUCUGUUCUUCUACUACCAAUUUCGCGGAACGCAUAGCGAUACGUGAGACGUGGGGUAGUUACGAUAACUACAUCCGAACGGCGAAAAUAUUCGACUCGGUUCGGGAGAAGUAUAAAUAUUACAAUUAUACGUACGAUCUGUACGAGGAGCGGAAAGUUAAUCUAAGUGUAAAUAUGGUAGAUAGAAAAAAACGAGAAAUAUCCGGUUUCAGUCGGUUCCUACCGGAAUUAGCUAAAGCGUUGCAGAGUAACUUGAUCGAUGUGGAUAACGUAACGCCUGAGAAACGAUUCGAAGACGAAAAGGAACAGGAAAUGUUGCCAGAAUUUGACAUGAAUAAAGAAUUGAACGAACCAGAGGAAGAUCUAAACGUGGACUACGACUACGAGUCGAACAUAAUGAAGAUCCCUCCGAAGGGGUACGAAGAGAGUCCAGAUUUGGACAAAGUUCUAACACUACUAAAGAAGUCGAAGGAGUUCCCUAAGAGUGAGAUCAUGGAGCGCGAGUCUGGCAACACGGAUGUCGAUUUCAAAUUAGUGUUCCUACUGGGGCUGCCAUCCCAGGACAACGAUACGGAAAUCCAGGAGAAGAUCGACGAGGAAGUGGAUAAAUACGGAGACGUGAUCCAGGAAGGAUUCAUUGAUUCGUACAACAACUUGACACUCAAGUCCAUCAUGAUGCUGAAGUGGGUCACCAACAAUUGCAACCAAAGUGCUCGUUACAUUCUCAAGACUGACGACGAUAUGUACGUGAACGUUCCGAAUCUAAUCGAGAACCUCCGCAACCGCUCCAAGGUGCACGACUCCACCAAGGGUCAGGAGAAGGAGUACCUGCUGAUAGGGGACCUCAUAUGUGGCGCGAGGCCCGUGCAGGAUGUGGGCAGUAAGUGGUACAGCCCGCGCUACAUGUACGGCGGGCGCGUGUACCCGCGCUACCUGUCGGGCACGGGCUACGCGCUGUCGGCGCCCGCCGCGCACGCGCUGUACGAGGCCGCGCUGCGCACCAGCUACUUCCACCUCGAGGACAUCUACAUCACCGGCAUGUGCGCGGUGCGGGCGAAGCCGCGCAUCGUGCCGCGCGACGAGCCGGGCUUCUCGUACAGCGCCGUCGGCAACAGCGCGUGCGUGGCGCACUCGCACCUCACGGCGCACCGCGUGCGGCCCGCGCGCAUGCGCCUCGUGGCGCGCGGCCUGCGCGACGCGCGGCACGUCGACCGAUGUGAGAGAAUGCGGCUGACUCAGAUGAAAGAACUUCAUAGCGGUAUGUACGUAAUGUACAAAUAUCUGCGCUUACUCGUCACCAAUGAGUGCUAAGGACCAUCUGUUUACAUACACGACCAGGUAACUCGACUAACGACGCGUUCGCUGAGACGAAAUCGCAUCGAACAUUAUUAUCGUUAUAUAUUUAUAUAAUGUGAAAAUUUUAUACGAAUUGGAAUGAGGUUUUUAUUAAAUAUAAGAUUAUGAUAUUUUAUUAUUUCUUAUUAUGUUGAAUAACUUUUAUGAAGUUACAUGUUAUUGUAUUUAAAUUUAACAUGCACGUGUGUUGUUGCACAAAAGCGUUUACCUGGUUAUGAUUGUAAACAGUCGCUAUGAUCGGUAUUCAAAAUUCAUGUGUUUCUAAACUAUUUAUAAAAGUGUUUAUUUUCUAAGCGAUGGAAAUUAUAUUUUUACACGCCUCCAAUAUUAAUCACAUUAGAUUUUUUUUAUGUUAAAUUAUAGCAACACUGAGAGCACUUGCUUAAACAUACAUAAUAUACGAAUUUCAUAUUAUGAGUAAUUAUGAUCUGAACUUCUUAAUCUUUAUUCAAAAGUUUCAGAAUAAAUUGCAUUUUUUUUUUAUAGAUUUGAAUAACGUACACGCGGGCGUGGUUUUUUAUAAGACUUUACAAAUUUAUUUUAAUAUAGACGUAUCUCUGAUUAUAUUUGUACUGGAUAUUUUUUUAUAAACUAUAUUUAGUGUAGGUGGGGAGGGGGGAAUAAUUGUCGCUAAUACAUUUAUAUUUAUAAAUAUUAAAUA